CAAAUAACGAAUGUAUACAACGUUUUAGAAACAAACGCCGCCAGAUUUUUUAGGCUACGCUUGCAUGUAGGUAAUCCUUACAUGAGCAUAUUUUCGACUAAACAGGAUUUAAUCAAGAUGAAAACCAUCACUCUUUUCUUAGCUCUUUUCAUUUUUGGGAUCACUGCGCAAGAAAAUUGCCCCGAAGAAGGCAAGAAGGUGUGCCCAAAAGCUAUGGAUCUGUUUCCUAAAAAGAAACCCGAUAAUGAGUACUGCAACCGUAUGGAGUACUAUGAAACCUGUUUAGGAAAAGUGAAGCAUGGCUGUGCGAAACACUUCUCCAAGCUUCAUCAUGAUAACUGCAUUGCAAAUUCGACCGCUAGCCUGCCUGGCAUUAUGAAACCUCACAUCAUAUUCAUGAUACCUAUUAUAUCUACCUUGGUGUGAUGGAGGAGAAAUUCAACUAAGAAUAUAUUUGACGGCAGGUUCCAGUCAGUAAUUAGUCUUGAAACUGUCUCUAUGAAGUAUAUUCUGAAUACAUGCAGAAAUAAAUAUUUCUUGAUGCAAUUGUUA